UCAAACAAUCUCGCAGCAACCACGAAGAGGGCGAAACGCUUCUGCGGGAGGAUGUAGCCUGGCGAAGACCCUUGACAGCUGCCGCUAAUGCACGAACACAUCCGGACAAAACCAAUUCUGCAAAGAGAGCAACGAGUUUAAGUUCGCUUGUUCCGACCAUGGAGUGCAAGAUUAAUUGCCAGAUCUGCAGCUAUGAACUUGGGAAGGCGCGUCGUUUUAAGCAUCAUAUGCUCUGUGAUGAACAUCAGCAGAUUGUUCAAGAUAUUUUCCCAAAAGAGAAGAUAAACUUCCAAGGUCCCAUACCGAGCAUUGCUUUUUUGGAUCCAGACACGCAACUUGCGUUAAAUCAACCAAUUGUUGGCCUGUUUCUAACCACUCUGUGCUUCAGUCCAGCUACGAGUUCAAGUUUUUACCUCUGUCAUGUUUGCGAGUUAAAGUGCCCAAUACACAAUAUUGUGGGCCACAUGUUUUCACAAGAACAUUUCUUCAACUACUUUGUCUACACAAACCCAGAUGACGUGAGUUUCUCCUGGAAACCCAACCUGGACCUAAAGAGCAUUCUGUGGUGGAAGCUCAAAAGGGAAAGUAGAAAAACUGAACUUCGACAUUUGCAGGCAUUGCAUUUACCCCCUGCGCUCCUUGAGAAGCUGAAGUCAUUGAAUUACACAGAAGUGAUGCGAGUGUUCGGUGAAAAUGAGAAGCUUAUUGAGAAGUUUAAAGCUAUGCUCCAAAAGAGGAUGACUCUACAACAUUACCAGAGCAACGACAGCAGAAAGCAUCCUCUCCUUGGACUGCAGCACAUUGUUGAGUGUGUUUGUGUUCAACCAGGAGAGAAGACAUACUACCUCUGCACACUGUGCAGCCUUGUGCUUCCCAACCACAUGAUCAUCAAACACGUACUGAGCUUUGACCACAUACACUGUUAUUUUAAAGCAAGGCACCCCUCUACACUGAUGUCAAAGGAGUCCUACAAGGAUUACAACUCCUUUGUCCAUGUUGUGCUUAAUUUGGCACAGCAGGCGGAGAAAAUCAAUGGCGCUGGAAAUGUUUCUGUGAAGCAAGUGACCCUGCAGCCCGAUGACUUCAAGUCAGUGAAUUUCAAGUCAUAUCCACAAGCUUUGAAGAGCCUGGAAUCCAUCACAAAGAGCAUCUUAACGAUCAGCGUUAAACCAGAGAGCAAGCUUGAGUAUUUUCCUUCCUCUGCUAAUUUCACAGAGACUGUCACACUCUUGCUACGCUGCCAGAACUGUAGCUAUGAAUUUAACAACAUCUUCAAGUAUAUGAAACACAUGUCAUCAAAUAAACACAUCACGAUGAUGCAGAAAUCUACCCCUGACGCUUGGAGAGGCUGUUUCGGUAGCCAACAAGUAAAGUUUCACCUGGGCCUAUACACAUACGUCUCGAACAGUUUGAGGUCAAAUCAUCCACCUGUUGGAACAUCGCUGGUUGUGACGUGCGUCGCCUCGGAUGCCAAAGCAACCCCAUUUUAUCUGUGCUUUGCUUGCCAGGAGUCGUUUUCUCAGAAGGCCCUUGUGGACCAUUUUGACUCACGAAAACACCUCAUAAAAACUCAGAUGUACCAGGAUCCCUGGCAGCUGCCCUUUGGUUGGGAUGGUGAUCUGGACGACAUGGCACUGAGAGCAACAGCAUGGACGUCAGAGGAAGAACAAAGAGGCAAUCAGAUCACUCUGAAGAUUUUUGAUAUUCCAAACUCAAUGUUUUUGAGCCUCAACCCUUCGGAUUACACACAAGUGUUGUACAGCCUUCAGCUGCAUCACACUACCCUGAUUCGUAAAGUUCCGAAAUGUAAAAAGUACAGCAAACGUCAUCAGAACGAAAGGUUUCCUCUGCUCGGCCAACAGUUCCUCGUGGCACACGAGGUGGUUGUCAGACCCAACAGGCUGAUGGUGGGAUGUGUGUGCUUACUCUGUAAAAGGCGCCUGCUUGACGAGGAAACUGAAGCCCACGUCUUCAGUCAGGAACACGUCACAACGUUUCUGGAUCGUUUUCACCCAGGCUCACUGGAUUCCUCCGCUGUCGACACAGAGACACUUCUGGACCUGGCAAAACAAGCAGGCUUGUCUCACUCUGUGUCAAACAGGCAGGAAAUUUACUUGGAAGAACCAAUCCGGGAUCCAUGCUCCUACAAUAAAGUAAAACAAAUCUUGUCAGAUGCAAAGAGGAGGAAAGGAAGUGAAAUGCUUGUUCCCAAAAUAAUACCAAAGUGGAAACUGACUUCCAGGAUCCCUCCAAAAGACACCAACAAAACGCAUCAGAGCGUUGCAAAGGAAAGGUGCCCUGUCACUGACUUGAAAGACAAUGGUCAGAAUACAGAAAAACAGGGUCGUGACAAGGCGACACUGUCAGGAGAAACUAAAGACGCUGCAGCAAAAGAAGGAUCUCAAAAAAUAUGUCCAAAGGAUAUAAAAAAAGAAGCUGAAACAGACGUGCUUGUGGAGUUGAAAACAGAGGAACCUGUGCCUGUAAAAGCAGAGAAGAUUGAAGAGAGCUGCAAAAACACCAAAAAGAAUAAUGACGCACCAACUGAGUUAGAAGUGAGCUCAAGUAUAAAACAGGAAACAAUUGAGCGGAGGAUCUGUGAACAAAAAAGCGAGAAAGAAAAGCCAAAUACACCUGAAAAAUCUUUAAAUGAAGCAAAGCAAAAUGAGCACAAACUGAGCACAAACAGACAGCAGCUCACCUCCAAAGAUGACUCCUGUGUCGAACAACUCACAGAAAUAGCCCAUAUCUGCAUCAAAGUGGAAAACACAGAAACAGACGAUGGGGCAGAGAACCAGAAGGAGCUUACGGAUAAAGCUUUAAAAAUAUGUAUUGAAUUGUGCUGCGGCGAUCGGGAGCCGAUCUACCUCUGUGGGCACUGCUUGCUGAAGAUCCCCAAAAAGGACAUCCGCAGUCACGUGGAGUUACCCGACCACCCAAAGAUGGGUCGACUGUUGGUCCAUCUGGGGGAAAAAAUGUACGAUCAAAUCUCAAAGCAAAGCUUCCAGUCAGCAUCUCUUCAGGAGUUCUUCAACAACGUGAUAAAGAAGAGGGAGAGAUCCAAUCAAUGUUUGAACAGUGGGUCAACUCCAACCUCUCCAACCUCUGAUCAGGCCAGCGUUACAUCCAACAGUGUUUCAGCAGAACUUCACAACCAACAGCAAGUCAAAGAAAAGGUGGUGUAUAUUUCAGAAGAGUGUGGCACAGCUCCAGACACGUCUGAAACAACAGUAGCCACAUGCAACACGGAUCAAGGGAAGUCCUCCAACUCCGAGAACCCCCUAACAUGUUCACCUGUUCACCGAAGUGGCAAAGAGCUCAUAAAAGGGAAAAACGAUGCUGGGUCAAGACUUCAAAGCACAAAAAAUAAAUGCAAAGCAGAUGUUUAUCCAAAUAAAACAAAACCAUUAAAAAAUGAAACUGCUAUUGAAACAGACGAACCAGGAGCCAGACUGACAGAAAACACUUCAAAAAUAUCCACACCACAGUUUCCAAGAAGGUCCAUUUCACCAAAAAGUAAAAGUGUAACGGCAUCUAAAGUAAUAUGUAACGCUGCAUCGUCAUCUGACACAGGAUCCGAAGGGAUGCAUGAACCUGAACAUCCUCCCAAAUGUGCUAAAACUGAAUCUAAAGCUUUAACAGGACCUAAGACCAAGAAAACAACUACAAAAACAACUGAACCAGAAGUCAAAAGCAUAAAUACUGAAGCAUCUGCGAAGACAUUGACAGGAGGAAAUCCAGACGCUCUUACAGCUGCUCAUAAGAGGAAACUGCCUGCUGUUCCUCACCAGAUCACAGAACAAAUCAAGAAGCCAAGGAAAGACCCAGCUCAUGUUUCUCCAAAUAAAAAAAUACAGAGUGGAAACCUUCCUAAAAUUGGAUUCAGUCAGCUGAUUUUGGUGUCCUGUGAAAGAAAGCAGCAGGUCUACUGUCUGCUGUGUUCAGUCAAGCUGAAUUUGUCCAGUCAGUAUCAUCUUACCAGCUAUGAACACCAGUACAGCUAUGUGAAAAUGAAAUAUCCUGAAUGGUCUGCAAACGAGCUAAAUAAACAGUUAAACCACACCAUCAUGCUGUUGGCAGAAGUGGAGAGAAACUUGCCUCACACUCGGAGUCCUCAGAAAUUGGAGGUGAAGAAGGAUGAGUACCAAAAACUGGGAAACCUUCCAGACAACUUGGCUAUAGAAAGAGUGAAAGCACUGGUGAAAGAACGGGACCUACAGGCCUCAUCAUCCCCCACAGUCGACAGCACGGGGCAUCCUUGCCAUGACAUUUCCAGUCCAUGUGACGUUUCAAGCUCAGGGAUCCCAGCGUGUCAUGAUGAGAUGUCAGACACUGCAGAUAGUAACCAACCAGAACAGCAGGCGAGCCUGCACCAAACGCCAGAAAUGGCAGAUCUCCUUGAAGAUGACCCAGGUCAGUUAUUUAGAGGCUCGGAUGAGGAAGACAUGCAAGUGGAUGUUGAGAUUCAUGAUGAGCCCGAGACAUCCAUGCAAACUGAUCCACAACAAAGUUUAGCUCAAUUGACACAAGAUGAAGGCAUGGCAGAUGUCCAAGCAGAAUGGUUUCCAGAUGCAGAGACUCCACUGCAUGUUGAAGAUACUCCUGCAUCUCCCAGUUCUGAUUCAGAGACCAUCCUGAAAGGAGCAGAGGAGCAUUGUGCAUCUGAGUUACAGAGACACCUGAGCUCAAAUGACAAAGACAUAGAAGAAGACAAUCUGAUUCAUGAGCGGCGACAAUCGAUGAACUACAGUACAGCAAGCCCAGAUCCCAUUCCAGGCACGAAGGCUGAAAACGUAGCAGAAACUAUCCAGGUGGAUCAGUUUAAUGCAUUGGAUGACAACCAGCCUCGUCAUGAAGUCACAUUUUUGACUAAGGGCUUUGGAGUACAGGUGGAAAUAUCUGACAAGAGUGCAGAUCGUCUUCUAACUGCAGAAAGACAACGUGAGGAGAGAGAUGCUGAUUCCCAGGAGCCACAGAAACCUGUUGGUUCUGCAAAGAAAGUUUCACCUGUAAAAGUCUGCAGUGUUGAGCUGGAAGCCGUGGCAGGACGGCAAAACCAAUCAGGAUUGAGCCACAAGGCCGAACCAGCUCCAAAACGUUUCAAACAAUCUGAAGAGCACAGUGCUUCUCAGGCAAACUCCAUUCCUUUGUUUGGCAAAAAAGCUCAAGGCUCCAGUCGAUUGUCCAUUUACUUAAAAGCAAGUUGUCAGGAUCGUAAGCAGGUUACAGGUAUGGACUCUGUGUGGGAGUGCCAGGGUAUGUUUCUGAAAACCUUCUUCCUGUGCGAAAUAUGUGAAAAGAAGCUCUCCAUCCAAGACAUCUGCAAGCAUAUGGUCAGCCUCGACCAUCAGCUCAAAUACUUGAGGAGGGAGGAUCCGAGGUUCCUGGAGAUGUUUUGGCACAGGGACGAUCUGCCUCUGGAGUUUAAAAUGGUGGUUUUAAAGGAUGUUGUCCAAGAACUCUCAAAGCGGGAGCAAUUCUGUAAAGUAGACGCAAAGUGUGUCUUGCUGGGAUCCGAGUUGCAUGAAUUUGUCCGAACAGCUCCUAUCAGUGAAGCAUUAAAAAUUGUGAAAAGCAUCUCCGAUGACGAUAAACAAAGUGUCUUUCAUCUGCCUGCCUUCGCUGCCCAUCAGAAGAGUAGGCGUCACCAGAACGGGCAGCAGAACGCAGACCUGCAAAGCAGGCGGGCGUCUCUUCCUACACCGGGCCUGUCAGCUCAAGUACUUGAGAAAACCCACAUAAGUAAAAUGGCUCGUCAGACUCCAGAAAAGUCACAUGCUGAAGAGGCGUCGCUGGUCGACAGUUUGCUUGUUGUUGGAAAUGGAAGAACAUCAACGAUGGACGUUAACUCUUCCUCUACAAAGACUGACCAUGUGGUCUCUCCUCACCCGAUUGUUGGUGCACAGGUUUCCUAUCUAGAACCCUGCAGCAGACAAGCUCAGGAGCCAGAAUCCAAAACGGCCAUUAAUCGGCUCAAACUAAACCCAAGCCCUCUCGCAGUGAAAUCUUCUAACUCAAAAGUAGAUCCUGUUGUUCCUUUAAGCUCGGCUGCUGGUGUAGAUCCCCGUCAAGAGCCCUGCAGUAGUUCUCUUCAGCCCCACUACAAAUCCUCUGUCUCUCAGCUUAAACAGAGCAGUAGCCCUCUGGAUCCGAAUGCUCCUUACUCAGAAACUAAUCCUGUUGUCUGUUCGGGUUCUCUAAAUCCCAGUCAAGAGGCUUGUAGUGGUUCUCCUAGGCAGACAGAGUCCAGACCAGCUGUCUCUCAGCUCAGACAAAGGCCGAGUUCUCUUGAUGUGAACUCUUCUAACUCGGUAACUCGUUUGGUUUCUUCGUGCUCUGUAAAUCCCAGUCGACAGACCUGCAGUGCUACUCCUCUAAAGCCAGAUUUUACACCGGCUGUGUCUCAGCUUCAAACCUCUGAUCGGGUACAAAUGUCAGAAUCAACAUCUACAGUCGGUCCCAACCUGGAGGUGUCCAUCACAGAUGAGCUCCCUCCAGCCAGGGCAAGACCAGCUGGUCCCUUGACAGAAACCUUGUUCAAAACCAGCAGCUCACCGAAAGACCCCCAUCCAGCCAAUCACAGCCCCCCACCAGAGACAUUUGAGAAUGUAUCCCCCUUCCCGUCAGCUUCAGUGCCUUCUUUAGUUAAUCCCGUGAAAGAUAAAAUCUCUUCGAUUGGGCCAAGAGACUUGAAAUUAAUUUCUAACCUAAUCUCUGUGUUAAAACAGACUAAAUACAGUCAGUCAGCUUUGACUAAUGCUGAAAGUAAAGACAGCUCUCCACUUAGUGGAUCCAAAGAAAAUGCUUUAGUUCCCACUGCCGACCUCAGAGACCCAGAGAGGUUACAAGUCAACGCUCCUCAGGACGUCUGUAGAAUAGCAAGAAACCCAGAGCCAGGAAUUAGUCAGCUGCCCAUUAAUACCAUCAUCACUGCAAGGUCACACCACAUUAAGCAGAUAUGUAAAGGAAAGACUCUCACUGAUGUAAGUAGACAUAAGCUCAGUUUCCCCUCUGCUGCAGCACCGAGCCCUGCUGGCUCUGUGGCGGCUCCAGGAUACGCCCAAGCUGUCUAUCCCCCAAGUGGACAUUUAGGUUCUGCUGCAGCACAGAGCCCUCUUCCUCUCAAUGCCGUAAGCAUUUAUCAGCAGUAUAUCUACCCAACUCAGAGUUACCCACAUUGGGCAGCGGACCCUCUCAGCCUGCAGUCAUUUGGAUACAGUUUGACGGCACAGACGCCUCCAGGUUCGGGGAACGUUGAGAUGCACCAGUGCCACUCCAUGAUGAGGAGGCCACAAAGUGACCAGUAGCUUGAUCCAUUCUUAAUAUAGUUUUAAAUGUUCACCAAUCCUUCCCAGCUAAUUUUUUUUUUUUUUUUUUUUUUUUUUAUGUAACAAAGAUGUUUCUGUUUACAGUAAAUAUGAUCUUGCAUUGUGGGGUCAGUGUUAAUCUUGUUUAAAUGCUCAAUAUCUAACCUGUUUCAGAUGUCACAAUGAGCUCAUAAGGGAUUUUUUUCACACUUGAAAAUAGUAUUAAGCUACCUCAGUUUCAUUCUGUCAGUAUCUUUUUAUAGUAUUGUUUUUUUUUUCUUUUUUAAUAAAAUAUGUGCAAUUUUCUAGUAAGCUUGUUGAAUCUGUUCAGUGUAAAAUAUUUUUUUAAAUAUAUAUUUUUCAGUUAA